GGAUAAUGCACUGAUAGCACUACUCCCUAAAAGAAUCGUUACGUCACAACUGCUUUGUUUCAUUUUUGGCCAUGGCCUCCAGAUGUGCCAAAGCAAUAUGCAAUGCGUUAUCGACCUCGUUUCGGGCCUCACAUGUUAAUUACCAGCUGUCGAAUGCGGCGAUUGUUGGAGCUUGGCUUGGGCGGAACACUAGCAGUGCUGCGCUUCCUGGUAUGCUGAGCGGAUGCUCCUCGUUAGUAGAGCAGGGCUACAAUGCAUCAUUCCGAUGCUUUGCCACUAGCAGCAGCGCUGCGGAGGCCAGCAGCAGCUCUUCUUCUCGGACCUCGAUGACCGUCACGAACGGUUGCAGAGGGCCUGUGGUGCAUUGCGGCUUUGCACACCAAGGGCACCUAGUAACUGAACUGGGGCGCGGCGUGUGGGCGCAACAGCACCACUCCUCCUUCUCGGGACAGCAGGCUGCAUCAAUGGCGACGAUGGGGCAGCUCCUGUCAGGCGCUCGCAAGGGCCCCAAGCGGCGGAAAUGCAAAAUCCGCCAGCUAGACGGGAGCCCGUUCAAGAAGGGUAUCUGCUUGCGCGUGUAUACGACCACGCCAAAGAAGCCCAACUCCGCCAACCGUAAAGUCUGCAAGGUGCAGCUCAGCAACGGCUUCAAGGCUCUAUGCUACAUUCCAGGUGAGGGCCACAACCUGCAGGAGCACAGCAUGGUCAUGGUCCGCGGUGGCAGGGUGCGCGAUCUGCCCAACGUGAAGCUCCGGGUGGUGCGCGGCCGCUACGACUGCGCCGGCGUGAAGGACCGCAAGAAGUCGCGGUCGCGGUACGGCACCAAGCGGCCGAAGGCCACGUAAGGCCCGCCUGCUAUCGUGCGGUUACUGUAGUUUGGGGAGCCCGGUAGCAGCAAGCACGGCAGCAGUGGAGUCGUGUCGUACGUUCAAUGGGCGUUGUAGCAGCUAGAUGAUGACUGCGUGUUGGUAGGGGGCUGUUGGCCGGGUGGGAAGGGCUGCUGCUGCGUGUUGGGGGUCAGCGGUCUGCUAUCCACGUUGGCGAUGAUCCCAGAGAGCUGUGAUGUUGUAGCACAGGCGCACGGGAGUAGAGAUGCAUGUGUCUGGAGGCGGCUUACAGUUUGGCUUGGUU